GGAAGCCCAGCUUCAGGUUGGCGGCGAGGCGAGGCCAGGUUCGGCUCGGCCGGCUGGCCGGGCGGCGGAAGGGGCAGAGCGGCCACAAUGAGGUACUGCCGCCUCUGCGCCUUCGACGCCGCCCGAGGGCCUAGGCGGCUGAUGCGCGUCGGCCUCGCACUCAUCCUGGUGGGCCACGUGAACCUCCUGGUGGGAGCUGUGCUGCAUGGGACUGUCCUGCGGCAUGUGGCCAACCCUCGUGGCGCGGUCACGCCGGAGUAUACCACCGCCAAUGUCAUCUCGGUGGGCUCAGGACUGCUGAGUGUUUCCGUGGGACUUGUGGCCCUCUUGGCGUCCAGGAACCUUCUUCGUCCACGACUGCACUGGGCCCUGCUGUCGCUGGCCUUGGUGAACCUGCUCUUGUCUGCUGCCUGCUCCAUGGGCCUCCUCCUUGCUGUGUCGCUCACUGUUGCCAAUGGUGGCCGCCGUCUUAUUGCUGAUUGCCAUCCGGGACUGCUGGAUCCAUCCAUACCGCUGGACCAAGGGCCUGGACACACUGACUGCCCCUUUGAUCCCACAAGAAUUUAUGAUACAGCCUUGGCGCUGUGGAUCCCUUCUCUGUUCAUGUCUGCAGCAGAGGCUGCGCUUUCUGGUUACUGUUGUGUGGCUGCACUCACCCUGCGGGGAAUUGGGCCCUGUAGGAAGGAAGGGUUGCAGGGGCAGCUGGAGGAACUAACAGAGCUUGAACCUCCUGAGUGUAAAAGGCAGGAAAAUGUGCAGCUGCUCCGUCACCAUCAGGAUUUCCAGGCCUCACAGAGAACCUGGGUUUAGCACAGGUAAAGCCCUGGGACGGGUGCAUUCC